CUUGCCGCCCCGCCUUUAACUGGCUCGGUCGCCUCUCUCGGCUGGCAAGUUCUUGUGGGGAUCAGGUCCGCAAGGAUUCGAGUCGCGGCUGCGAGCAUUGGUCGGCGAGUCGAGUCCCGAGAUAGACCGUCCAGCUCUCUCGCUGCGUCGGGGCCUCGGAUUGAGAAGGAAGACGAAGAGGAGGAGGUAUAACGAGGGUGGAUUAGGUCUUGCGGGCGUCGCUCGCUCCUUUCGAGCGGGAAUCGAGUCUCGGUCUGUCGACGGAGGAGGGUUAAAGGAGGGAAUACCAAUCGAGGAUUGCACGUUGAAACUUCUUUCGACGAUGUAACGAUCGCUGCUGGUGGAAGCGGAGGUAGGUCGGACGGGUUGAAGGAUUUGUCGUGUCUGAUUCGCGAGGGGACGAGGUGUUGAGGGAAUUUGGUCAGUUGGCGCUGGUUCGUGGCAAUGUCGAAUACUGCAAAAAAUGCGGAGUAUAGCAGCGAUGACGAGGAAGAAGAAGAGUCGGAUUCGGAGGAAGCGGAACAGCCGAAAAACCUGAAGGGGGGCAAGGUCGAUGCCAAAAUUCUGGAGCGGAAUCAGCAGGAGGAAGAGGAGGAGUCGUCCGAGGAGGAAGACGACUCGGAGACCGACAACGAUGCGCAACGAUACAACACUGUGCGAAGGGAAGGGGGUCCAGUUGGUGCUUUGAAGGCGGGCAUCUCAAACCACCCCGCGGGGAAGAGGGGUCGAGAAGGCGAAGGGAAGGACGAGGAGCCUGCAUCGAAGAAGAGCAGGGAUCUCCGAGUCGAUAGAGGUCGCACAGCAGCGAAGCCUGCUUCUCCGACGAGGCCGACCAAAGGUGAGCCUGUUGGCAAAAUAAGCAAGGCAGCGGCAGCAGCACUCGCAGCAGCCAAGGCCAAGCAAGAGAAGGUCAGGAAGCUAGAAGAGGCCGCGAAAGCUUCAGCCGCUGGUCGGAAGCGCAAAGCUCCCUCGCCUCCUGCCAAUGGCGCCGCCAAGCAGCAGCCUCAGAAAUUGGACUCCCCUCUGAAGGCGAAGUCGCAUUUCACGUGGACCAACGACUUAGAAAUAACACUUUGUAGCCUUUUGUAUCAGGGCAAGAUUAAGGGAAAGCCUGUUCCAGGCACCAAGGGAGAUCCAUACUGGACGAAACUGGUAAAAGACUUAAGUUCUGAUGGAACGAGUUUGACAGAGACUCAGCUGAGUGAAAAGGUUCGUCGGAUGAGGAACAGAUACAACGCUCUAAAAGCCCGAGACGUGGAUAGUCCGUGGAGGAACCCGCAUGAGGAGAAGCUUUACAGGUUCUGGGACGGUAUAUGGGGGUCUGCAAAAUAUGUGGUCCGUCCGCAGAGUACACAAGCUGUACCGGAUGACGGAGACGAGGAAGAAGAAUCUUCCGAAGAAGAAGAAGAUGAAGUGGCCACCCCGGCCGUCAAAGCUACCAUAGUGCCACCACCAGCGAGCAGGAAGGAAGAGUCAUCCGAAUCAGAGGAAGAAUCUGACGACGAGGAAGAGCCUCAAGUUGCUCUUAAGAAAGAAGUGGCGGGCCUUGCUGGACCUUCGACCGAAGCUGAGCUCUCAGCCUUCAUCCCGAAGCCCCGACUGGAGUACACGCCUCUCCUUCAGAAAGACGAGAAGAAAGUGCGAAGAGGUGACGAUGGCUCUAUUGCUGAGCAAAGCGGCGCAGAAUUAUCUGCUGACGAGAACGACCGUGAAGGUUUACCACCGACUUCCUCUGUAAUGAGUGAUCUGAUGAGAUCUCUGAGGAAAGAGAGCUUUGCUCUUCUUCAAGAGGUUCGGGCUGGAUGCAUGGAUGCUGUAAAUGUCCUACGCAAGCAGGGGCUGGACGACCUGAGGGGCGGCAACUUUCGGCUUGGAGCUAAUGGGCCCGCAUCCGGAAUGUGGAAGGUGGAUGGGUCGAGUCUCUUAUCUCUAGAUAGAGGAAUUCUUGACGAUUUGACUAGUCGGGCCACAGCGAACGCUCCCGACAGCGCAGUGGCAGGGGAGCUCAAGAGAGAUUGGCGCGAGCUCCGAGUCGAGGAGAUGGAUUUACUAGAGAAGAGGAUCCAGCUCGCUCUGAAGCAAUUGCAGCACGCAAGAAAGGAGUUCGAGGAACAAGACAUCUAAAACGGUAGUGGUGGACUUCAUAUGAGGACGUACCGUAUGUCUAGGUUAUGCGGUUGAUGGGUUUUGAUUGAAAUGUACAGGUCUUUUUUGAUGUCAAGGAGACUGUGCACAUCAUCAACACGUCUGUUGAAAGUAAAGCCGGUCCGCGCCGAGUCUGGAGGCCAAAUCUUGAAGUCGAACUUGUCCAAAAUGUAUUUUUCUGAUUUAUUUGUGUAAUGAUCCAGAGCUGCGGACACACUACGAUUGCGAUCUGCAUACGUUUUGUUGCUUCCACUCUCUUCUCUAGUCAUACGACAACAAUAUGUAAUCAAAUUAAUGGAUCUAGGCUUUGGACUCGGCGCUCCGCAAGCGCUGAAGAAGUCGUAGCUUCUGUCUCUCCGAAGUCGAUUCCCACUCGAUUUCUAAAAUGUCUGCGCCGGAGCAUCAACUCCAGUCAUGCACUGGCUUCAUGAAACUCAUUAUGCAGUCCAUCCCUCAGCGACGUGUUUUCCAGACGAAUAUAUGAGUUUAUCGAACCCCAGUGGGAGCCUUGACUGGUC